AUGCCUGCCCCAGUGGUCUACGUAUUAGCUAUCGUUGGCACUGUCGGUGCUGUUCUGGCUUUCAAAGAGUUUGUCUACGAGCCUCAUAUCUCGCCCGCCAUCGAUAGAUGGAAGCUCGAGUACCAGGCUGCUCGAAGAAGGAGAGAAGCGGCCAAUGCUUCAGAGGGGGAUCUUCUGAUGUCUCAGACGGACGGUCGAAGGCCAGACGCUGGGCGCAAUUUCGACGAAGAUGGCGAUUCCGAUGAUGACAAGCCGUUGGCUGAACUUGGGAAAGGCAGUAGUAGAUUUCUCAAAGGUGGACUCCUUCUCAGGCGACAAGUUCCAGAAAGUCAAGGAGACGUAGAACUCGAGGACCUCGUUGCACGCGAAGUCAGUGAGUGGAGGAACGAUGAUGCCGGACGUGUUUUGAGGCAGAGAAAGAACGCAUCAGAAAACAAUGCUAUGGACGAGUCAAUACAUGCCAUUCCUUAUGCACCGUUAUCACCUUCUCGCACCCAUGUUGUAUUUGAUCCUUCUGCUCCUUCUACCCCAGCAAGUGGGAACGGGAGUGCCGGUAGCCGGCAUCAGUCUCUUCCUCAUUCACCUGCUGUAGCUUCCGGAAUCGAAAUUUCUAGGGACGUUGGCUCGCCCAAACCCGCUACAAGAUCUUCAUCCCCUCAGGUGCCUUCACCCAAAGUUACGUCAAGACCAAGUUCGCCGCUUGCUCCUCAACCCCCACCCCCAGUGUCUCCUUUGCAGCAAUCAAUCACCCAAUCAAUGCUACUCGGCGCCGGGAAUUUACCAACCCCAACUGCAUCGACUUCUAUUAUUUCGUAUUCGACUCACCCUCUUCAACACUCGUACACGGUUCCUUCCCUUUCCCAGUCGUACCCCCAGGAUUUGGACUAUGAACACGGUCUGGAACUGCUGUCCCCACCUUCUUCACGCUCUGAAUCUCCAUUUUCCAUGGCUGGAAUGAGCCCGACCCCUGGUCCUGUCUCCGGCGAAGGCUUGAGAGCUCUGAGUCCCAGUGGCAGUGCAAGCAAUUUUUCUACUUCCAGUUUCUCCUCCGCUGUAUCCUCUCCAUCCCCUCUGCGUAUGGGACUUGGAAAUGAGUCGUUCGAUGCGGUAUCCCCCUUCCUCGAUCCUACUCCGCCCAGGAUUCAAGGAUCAAGCGUGACGGAUUCUGCAAGGAGUACGACGUAUCUUUCCUUCUCCGAGAAUUCAUCCGAGGACGAGGCUGGUGGUAUUCAUUUUCUACCACCUCCGCAAAUGGGAGCUAGUGUUGGAGUUACCAGCGCUUUUGGUCCCAUUAGCCCUCCGCCCGUAGGAAUGCAAAAUCUCCCGGUGCAGUCGGGUCAAUCAGGCAGUUUGCUAAAUGCCAGAACUACUUCAAGCUCGAGGGAAGAAUCCAGGACCACCGCUGGCUUCGGCACAACAGGUAACCACUUCACGAGUUCAGAACGAUCAUUCGAUGGGACAUUUUCCACCAGAAGCCAUUCCAGUGCCUUUUCUUCGCCUGCAUCUACGUUCCUGCGCCCCACCCCAGUUCGCGGGUCAGGUAACCCACCGCAGGCUCAGAGCGAUGCGGACUUGUCCGACCUUGAUUUGAUGUCUGAUUACGCGCCGAGUGAGAGCGAUUUUGGUACUGGUAAUGAAAGUGAUUCUAGUUGGAGCAUGGCUGGCGGUUCCGCUGCGGCCAGCCCUCGCAUGGGACACAAUUCUGCUAACAAUGCAGCAACUACGGCGAACAUCACUCGAGGAGGCACUGUCAGGGACUCUAGGGGUGGUCGCUUUGUCCAAAGAUGA